AUGUCGACGACUACUACCUCUCCUCUAACGCCACCGUCAGCUAACACCGUUGGCAGUUCGCAAACUUUUCUAACCGAGGCACGGGAGUAUCUCCCCGACGUUGACCAUGCCGUCUUCAAGCACUUCCGCAUCAUCAAGAGGGUCGAGGGAAAAGCUCAGCAGUACGAGUGCAAGUUCUGCAGCAACGUCUACACUGGUGCUGCCAUCCGAUGCGCGCAACAAUUCACGUCGUGGAAGGGGAUGAAACGCCGUGAAGUGGUGCUUUGCAAGGAUGUGCCGCAAGAUGUGCGCUUGGCCAUGCGUGCGAAAUACGAGGCAAAGGCUGUUGCGGCCGAAGAGAAGAGGCGGGCAGCAGCUGAAGUGGUUGCCGCGGUCAAGGCUAAUGGUGUGAAGCGUGCGCGCAUCACCGAUUACCUUGAGGGGGAUGCGGCUGCAAGAAAGAGAGAAACGGACGAGGCACUUGCGCUUGCUUGGGCCGCCCUCCAUAUCCACUUGACCCGAGGGUACCUGUGGAAGCCGGAAUCGGUGGAGGGGAAGGUUCUGCAGGCGCUGAAGCCGGCUGGAACCCGAUUCGGGACCAACUACAUAGCCAUAUCCCGGCUAUGUGCGAUGCACGGCAGCCUUACCAACAUGGUGACGAGCGAGGGUUGGAAGGAGUGGGCGGUAGGGGACCGGAAGAAAUCGUAUGACGGGUUCAAUGCGCUGAUCCAUGAUGCCGCUUGGUGGAAGACGGCCGAGUUCUUCGUCGCACUGCUAAAGGUGCCCUUUAAGGUGAUGAGGCAGACGGACGGGCAUGCCGUGGGGAUGAUGGGGAGGCUGUACGAUUUGAUGCUGCAGUUGACUGGGGACGUGGGGGGCUUGCUCGAUGCGCACAAGGAGCAGCUGAGCGACGGGGACAAGGACAAGAUCCGCCGCAUCCUCAAAGACCGCUGGGAUGACAGCCUCGCAUGCGCCAUGCAUGCCGCUGGCCGCAUCCUCAACCCCGCGAAUCAUAAGGAAGAUAUUUUCUGCACUGAUCCCGAGUGCACGAAAGUCUUCAAGGCGUUCAUCAGCCAGCAGGCCGAGUUCCUUGCGAGCCGCGGGGAUGGGGGGGAUGACGCGUGCGACAUCUUGCUUGAGCUGGGGGACGGGCUGAGGGCGUUCCUUGAGAUGAAGGGUUCUUUUGGGAUGCCGGAAGCCGUGGCACAGAGGAAGCUGGUGAAAGAGGGAAAGUAUAGCAUGCCUCCAAUCCCGACGGGAUACAAUGGGCUGGAAGACGAGACGAAGGGAGAGGAUGAGGAGGAAGGUGAAGACGACAUCCUCAAAGACGAGUACGCUAACUAG